AUGUCCAACCCAUUUGAGACUCUUGAAUCCCUUCGCAAGUAUGAAAAAAAUCCAGGACAAUCACAAAAGUUUCUGGGUAAGGCCGAAAUUUUCCCUGAACAACAUACCAACAAUACAUAUGGCAGUGCUUUUACACUGUUUCUAACUAAUUUCUUUGUAGAUCGUGUGGGUCAGAACUUUAGAUGGCCUGUCUCAAUGGAUGAUU